GUAAGGCAGCUGCAAGGCCGGAUUAUCGCGCCAACAUGUAGUCAGUUCGAGGCGUAUGGCAAGAUGUACUUUCUGCCACUGAGAGUACAGAAUGCGCAGCUGCGCUGCGAAAUGCCGCAACAUGCAGUGGAAUACCUAGCAGGCUUUUUCGAUGGCGACGGCUGCGCAGACUACUCAAACAAGGGAGCUCGAUUAGCCAUCGUUCAGAGUGUUGCCAAUGCAAAAGUCUUAUUGUUUUAUCGGAAUGUCUUUGGAGGAGCGAUUUACACAAGUGGUGCAGCGAGAGGCGUAAGCCAGCCACUCCUCAAGUGGGAAAUCACUGGGGAUCGUGCUGCGCAUGCUGCUACUGUUUUGGGGUCGCUGCCAACUUGCAAGCAACCUCAGCUGCGUAUCAUGAGCUCGUGGCCGUCACAGAGCACUGCACCUUUAGAAGCUGUAACGGACCUGCGGUUGCUGAAGCAUCUUUCACCGAUGACGUCGUCUUGUCCAUCUUGGGCUUUCUUGGCUGGCUUCUUCGAUGCUGAAGGAUGCAUUCACUUGAGUCUGUGA